AUGAAUCGUCGGCGACUAGCGGGGGUUGAUGAUGAGAGCGACGACGAAAAUGGCGUCGCGUCUCCGGUGGCUGAGCCUGCCACUGUGACCGCUGACCAGACGGCAGACGAUGAUGACGAGGAGGAAAGCGAGGGCACUUACGACGGCAGCAAUGCUGGCGACGACGAUGACUCCUCGGAGGAAGAAGAAGAUGACGAGCAAGAGAUGGAAAAAGUCCGUGAAGGGUUCAUUGUGGAUGACGACGAUGGAAGCGACGACGAUGACGAUAGCGAUAGCGACAGCAGCAGCCGUCGUCGCCGCAGACGCAAGCGUAGUCGUUCUCGCCGUACGCCCGAGGAGGAAGAUGGUCUAGAGCUUGAUGAAGACGACCUUGAUCUGGUUCGGGAGGCCGCUGGCCAGGACGAGCCAGAGGGCAAGAAGUUCAAGCGGCUCAAGCGAGUUGACCAGCGAGCUGGCGGCCGCAAAGGCCUUACUGCUAUGUUCAGCGAUGAAGAAGCUGAAGGUAGCGAAGAAGGAGCUCCCAUCUCAAGACACGGUACACUUGCUGGUGAGUUUGACGACUUUAUCGAGGAUGAGGUCAGUGACGAGGAAGCUCUCCGUCGCCAGGAAGAGCGUGAAACCGCGACCCAUGUUCGCCGGCAGGCCGGCCGCCCUGGUAUUGCAGAUUUAGGAGCCCAACUUGAAGGUCUAGAUGAGGAAAAAAUCGGCGAGAUCUACGAGAUCUUUGGUGAUGGGGGUGCCUACGAUUGGGCUCUCGAGCGCGAGGACGACAUGGAGCAAGGCGAUGGCCUUUCCGAUGGAGAAGACGAAGAACGUGGCGAUCGCCCAAUUAAUCUUCAAGACGUCUUCGAACCCAGCGAGCUCGCAGCUCGAAUGCUUACCGCUGAAGACGAUGCAAUUCGUGCUGAGGAUAUGCCCGAACGCUAUCAGCUUCUUCGCCAGGGUCUCAAACAUGGUUAUGAUCUUGAUAACCAGGAGUUCCAAGAAAAGCGUGAGUGGGUGACUGCCGCUAUGGUGAAAGAACACCGUUUGCUUUUCGCCGUCAAGCCUGAACUCCGAGAACCUUUUGGCAAGGCUGUCGUAAAGGUACUCGAAUUCAUUGCAUUUGAGCGCCUCGAAGUUCCAUUUAUUUGGCACCAUCGCCAAGACUACCUUGUCAAUGUUGUAAUCAAUUCAAAUGAGCAGGACGAGGCUUCGGCUACUUCAACCGAACAGCUGUUGACCCGCGACGACCUUUGGCGUAUUGUCAUGCUCGAUAUGGACUUCCACGCUAUCAUUGAAAAAAGAAAAGCAACUCAAGAACUUUGGGAAUCUCUUGAGGUUAAAAGUUCGGACUACGAUGAGCUCGUCAGUCAGGCAAGCACGCUUGUAGAGUACCAGGAUGUCAUGGAUUGGAUCCAGUUCCGUUACUCCGCUGAGCUUCGAGCGCGUGGUUCAGAAGCAGUGAAAAGACAUUCCCGUUUUGGUGUUUACGACAGAUUGAGAGCCAGUCCACUGGCAAACCUUGCCCAGCUGACCGGAGUAGAUGCUUCUAAAUUUGCACUCAACAUCCAAGCUGAGAAGCGACUAACGUUCGUCGAUGAUCCAAGUAAGUUACCGAACGAGGUCGCUGCCGAACAGACACCUGAUUUAGAGCCUCAGACCUCUUUAGCUGCCGUUACAGACUAUUUGUCUCAAGAACUUUUCCACCACCCUCAAAUUCGUCGCUACGUCCGCAAUAAGUUUGUACAGGAAGCCAAGAUUGAUAUUGUUCUUACCGAUGAUGGACGAAAGCGGAUUGACGAGAACUCAAAGUUCGCUCGUAUCAAAUAUGCCAUCAAUUGGUCUUUCGAGGAACUCCGUCUCCGCCCAGAUCUCUACUUGACUAUGCUGGCUGCUGAGCAACAAGGCUUAGUUGUAGUCCGGGUGCAGUAUCCUCAAUACAAGACCACACUUUUUGAGCGCUUGUUGACUAGCUAUCUAUUUUCUGACGGUGUUAGCGAGGUCGCAACUCAGUGGAACGAGCUCAGACGCAGCGUUUUCAAGCAGGCCAGUCGGAAAAUUAUUCCCCUGAUUGCAAGAAAUAUCCGCGAAGACUUGCGUCAUGAUUGUUUGCGUUCUCUGUUUUUCGAGGUCCGCAAGGCCUUCAGCGAAAAACUCAACCAGGCUCCGUUUAAGCCCCCCGGAUUUUUGCCUGGUACUGUGCCCCGUGUUCUUGCCGUUUCUGCUGGUGAGGGCCAAUACCGUGAUGCAGUUCUAGCAGUGGUACUUGAUGAGGAUGGUAAUGUUGUUGAACACGCCAAACUCGGUGACAUGCGCGAUGCUGCCUUCAGAAGUGGGCUUGCCGAGCUAGCCAAACGCCGCGAAGUCGAUGUGAUUGGUGUUGGUGGAUGGACCGGUGCGACCCGCCGUCUGUUCCAGCAAGUCAGUGAAAUUGUAUCAGACGAGGGUAUUACUGUGGGCGAGAACCAAACACCUCUUGAUGUUCGUUACGUCAAUGAUGAAGUGGCCCGUUUGUAUCAGUCUUCGAAACGCGCUGAAAUCGAGUACACGGACCUUGUCCCUGUCGCACGUUACUGCGUUGGCUUGGCAAGAUACAUGCAGAGCCCACUGUUGGAAUACACAUCUUUGGGCAACGAGAUCGGUGCCGUGCAAAUCCACCCUAAUCAGUCGUUGCUUCCAAAAGACCUCUUUUUGCAGUGCACUGAAAGUUGCUUUGUUGAUUAUGUCUGCCUUGAUGGUAUCGACAUUAAUCUGGCUGUCAGGUCGCCUUACGUUGCUAACGCCGUACCUUAUAUUGCUGGUCUCGGUCCCCGGAAGGCCUCAGGUAUGUUGACUGCAAUUCAGUCACGGGGUGGAAUUAUUUCGAACCGCACCAAGCUAAUUAUUACGGAACUUACACCCAAGACCAUCUUUAUGAACUGCGCUUCUUUCUUCAAAAUUCCUCAGGACACAACUGCUUCCAAAGAGGACGACUCUGAUGUACUUGACGGCACACGUAUCCACCCAGAAGACUAUGAACUCGCUCGCAAAAUGGUUGGUGAUGCUUUGGAACUUGACGAAGAAGAUAUUGCAGCCUACGAACGAAGUGGCCGUGGCGGUGUAGUUGCCCAGCUCGACGACCCGGACCGUCUCGAUGAGCUCAUUUUGGAAGAUUAUGCUAUGGAGCUCGAGAAAUCGUUCAAGCAGAAAAAGCUUUGCACUUUGCAAAAUAUUCGGGACGAGCUCAAGGACAACUACCGCGAACUUCGCGAACCCCUCAAAGUUUUGACUGAUCGCGAGGUAUUUACUAUGCUCACCGGACACUCCCCUGACAGCUUCAAAAGUGGGGCCGUGGUUAGUGCUAUCUGCCGCCGUGUCACGAAUCGUCAACUCGUACUGAGUGUGGAUGGAGGUGUUGAUGGUGUGGCUGAGUCUGGAAAUAUUUCUGAUGACCGGUCUCAACCGGUUUCGGCCCAGUUCACCCCUGGCCAGGCUGUGCAAGCAGUUGUACAAAAUGUGGACUACAAGGCUCUUUUUGCUGGCCUCAACACAAGAGCCAGCAUUGUCAAGCGUGCUUUAGAGGAAGAGGCUGCGGCCAAUAGAAGCAUUGAUCCUGAAAAAUGGAACACUGAAGCUGAAAAGCGAGACAUUGCUGCCGCUGACCAAAAGAUCGCUCAGGAGCAACGCCAGGGACGUAUCAUCAAGCAUCCUCUUUUCCGAUUGUUCAGUGCCAAGCAGGCGGAAGAAUACCUGGCUCCCCUACAGCGUGGUGACCUGGUAAUUCGUCCAUCUAGCCGCGGCAACGAUCAUAUCACCAUCACUUGGAAGGUGGCUGAUAUGCUGUACCAACAUAUCGAUGUGAUUGAGCUGGACAAGCCCAAUGAAUACACCAUUGGACGCACCUUGAUGGUUGGCCGUUGGAAAUACAGUGAUUUGGACGAACUUAUCAUUAUGCAUAUCCAGGCAAUGGCCCGUAAGGUUGAUGAAAUGACGCGUGCUGAAAAGUUCCAGUCAGGAACUAAAGCGGAUGUUGACAAAUGGUUGACUGCGUACACGAAUGCCCGACCGAAUAAGAGUGUGUAUGCCUUCUGCUUCGACCACAAGCGACCGGGAUACUUUUUGCUGUGUUUCAAAACAGGCGCAAACGCUGAUGUUCAGCAGUGGCACGUAAAGGUGAUUCCCAACGGGUACGAGCUGAUGAACAACUCCUACCCCGAUGUGCCCAGCCUUUGCAACGGAUUCAAAAUGAUUUUUGCAGCAAAAGCUCGCACCGCCUAA